AUGGCUCUUGCUGCAAAGAACAAAGUCUCCUUCAUUGAUGGUUCAAUUCCCCGGCCCGAUUAUGGUAAUUCUCUUCUCCCAUCUUGGUUACGUUGCAAUAGUAUGGUGAUGUCCUGGUUGGUCAAUUCGGUUUCCCCUGACAUAGCUCAUAGUAUCAUGUACUUUGAUCAAGCCACUGAUAUGUGGCAAGAUUUAGCUGAGAGGUUUAAUGAGGGCAAUGGACCUCGUAUUUUCCAGCUUCAAACUCAGCUAAAUCGCCUCCAACAAGGUGACAAUUCCAUCACCUCUUAUUUCACAAAACUCAAAUCCCUUUGGGAUGAGUUGAAAGAAUUUCAACCUAACACCACAUGUUCUUGUGGUGCCAUGAAGAUCUUUCUUGAUUACUACAAUCAGAAUCAAGUUUUGCAAUUCCUCACUGGUUUGAACGAGUCAUAUGCCUCGGUUCGAGCUCAAAUUUUGUUAAACGAACCUAUACCGAAUCUAGCUCGGGUUGUUGCUAUGAUCGUUCAAGAAGAACGUCAACGCACCCUUGGAUCAUCGGGCAAUCCACCUCUUGCCUCCUCGGUUCAUCCCCCUCCCACCAAUCCUCCAAGAACAAAGAAACCACGUCCUUCUUGUUCUCACUACGGCAAACCAGGCCAUCUCGUGGAUAAGUGUUCUUUUCUACACGGUUUCCCUCCUGGUUAUGGAGACAAAAAGAAGGUGGAUAAAGGCAAGGCUCAAGCAAAUCACACUGUUUCUAACACCUCUGCCGAACACACUACAGCCCCUAUUUCUGCAGAUCUUUCAUCACAGUGUCAACACUUGAUUUUUCUCCUCAGCCAGCAGCUAACUCAAGCCACUCCUACUGCUGAAAACACCCCUGCCGCCUCGAACAUGGCUGGUAACAUCAUUUCUCAACCCUCUUUUGAUUGGAUUCUUGAUAGUGGUGCCACCCACCAUAUGUGCUCAAACAUUUCAUGUUUUAAAUCUUUCACUAAUACAUCAUUCCCUAAACAUGUCAUCUUGCCUAUUGGUGGUUUAGUUCAAGUUAAAAACAUUGGCACAGAUCCUUCUCAGAAGGUGGUGAUUGGGAUAGCUAAGAAACAGGACAAACUAUAUCUCCUAUCUCAAGAUCAGCCCAUUGCUGCAGCUACUAGUCAAUCCCAUUUCGAUUUGUACACAUCAAAUGUAAACCAAUGGCACAAUCGCCUUGGUCAUCCUUCAAUGUAUAUUUCGAAUUUGUUCAAUAAAAAGAUUGACAAUUCUUUCAUUCCCAAUUCUAAUAAUCAUUGUCAUGAAAAAUUAGAUGUUAAAACUGUUAUACCAGAUUUUUUUAACAUGGUUUGCACUCAAUUUUCCAAAUCUAUAAAGGCUGUCAGAUCCGACAAUGCCAAGGAGUUAAAUCUCACCUCUUUUUAUGCCUCCAAAGGCAUUAUUCAAUAUCAUUCUUGUGUGGAAAAACCACAACAAAACUCUGUGGUUGAAAGAAAACAUCAACACAUCUUAAACAUUGCUCGGGCAUUGAGUUUCCAAUCCCAUUUACCUUUGGCCUAUUGGCCUUAUUUAGUCUCCACGGCCACUUACCUUCUUAACCGUACUCCAUCUAAGCUUUUCAAAGGCCUUACAUCCUUUGAAAUGCUUUAUAACAAGUACCCUCAAUAUGAUCAUCUUCGAUCAUUUGGUUGCUUGGCAUAUGGAUCCACUUUAGAUUCAAAACGCCAUAAAUUUUCACCUAGGAGUCGGGCAUCUAUUUUUAUUGGCUACCCUAUGGGAAUGAAAGCAUACACUCUCUUGGACAUUGAAUCUAAGCAAAUAUACAUUUCCCGUGAUGUUCAUACUGCUGCACCUAUCAAACCUGUUGAUAUCCCCACCAUCCAGCAUUCACAACAUGUUGUAAUCAACAACAUGGCUACUGAAAAUGACACUCCAAAGGAUGAUACAAUCACCAACACCACGGCUACUGGUUUGGCUCAUAAACCAGAUGCAGACAACCCCACGGUUCCUGCUACAGCCCCACCAAAGGCCACUGAUAUGGCUAUAACCAACAUUAAUACCCCAUAUCAGGUUGAUAAUAACAACCCUCUUUUUUUAGCCUUGGCUGCCAUCAACAAUUGGACCAUUCACCAAUUAGAUAUCAACAAUGCUUUUCUCCAUGGAGAUCUUCAUGAAGAAGUAUACAUGAAGAUACCUCCUGGUUACAAUGCUCCUCCCAACACUGUUUGCAAGCUCAAUAAGAGCAUUUAUGGCCUCAAAUAA